AGGGGGAGAGAGAGAGAGAGAGGGGGGGAGCUUCGCGGCAGCGGCAGCGGCAACGCAACGCGACGCGAAGAGAGCGCGGAGAGGAUGAGCGAGGGGGAGGACGCAGCGCGCCGCCGCAGCAGCGCCGUCGCCGACUACAGGAAGAAGCUCCUCCAGCACAAGGAGCUCGAUUCCCGCCUCCGCACCGCUAGGGAGAACCUGCGGGCCGCAAAAAAGGAGUUUGCCAAGACCGAAGAUGACUUGAAGUCGCUCCAAAGUGUAGGACAAAUUAUAGGCGAGGUUCUUCGGCCGCUCGACAAUGAAAGACUAAUUGUUAAAGCGAGUAGCGGCCCUAGAUAUGUUGUUGGUUGCCGUAGUAAGGUGGACAAAGAAAAACUCACAGCUGGAACCCGUGUAGUUCUCGACAUGACAACGCUCACCAUCAUGCGAGCUCUUCCACGGGAGGUCGAUCCCGUUGUGUAUAAUAUGCUUCAUGAAGAUCCUGGCAAUGUGAGCUACGCCGCUGUAGGUGGGCUCUCUGACCAGAUAAGAGAACUCCGAGAAUCGAUUGAGCUCCCUCUAAUGAACCCAGAGCUAUUCAUCAGAGUCGGAAUUAAACCACCAAAGGGUGUCCUUCUCUAUGGCCCUCCUGGAACUGGGAAGACAUUAUUAGCUCGAGCUAUUGCUAGUAAUAUAGAUGCCAACUUUCUCAAGGUUGUAUCAAGUGCUAUCAUUGAUAAAUAUAUUGGUGAAAGUGCACGAUUAAUACGGGAGAUGUUUAAUUACGCACGUGACCACCAACCUUGCAUCAUUUUCAUGGAUGAGAUCGAUGCCAUCGGUGGGCGUCGUUUUAGUGAGGGAACCAGUGCCGAUCGUGAGAUCCAGCGAACACUAAUGGAACUUCUCAAUCAACUAGAUGGAUUUGAUCAACUCGGAAAGGUCAAAAUGAUUAUGGCGACGAACCGACCAGAUGUUCUCGACCCGGCUCUUCUUCGCCCAGGCCGGCUAGACAGGAAGAUCGAAAUUCCCUUACCGAACGAACAAUCCAGAAUGGAAAUACUGAAGAUUCAUGCUGCUGGUAUCGCAAAACAUGGUGACAUAGAUUAUGAGGCAGUUGUCAAACUUGCUGAGGGCUUCAAUGGAGCUGACCUCCGCAAUGUCUGCACUGAAGCUGGAAUGUCGGCAAUCCGCGCGGAGCGCGACUAUGUUAUUCAUGAGGAUUUCAUGAAGGCUGUCAGGAAACUAAACGAAGCGAAGAAGCUCGAAUCGAGCGCUCACUACAGUGCAGAUUUCGGAAAGGAUUAGAAGCCUAUCAGGUGACGCGCAAUGACUCUCUUCAAGUCCUAAAAUCGCUCCCGCCGGUAGUGCCGUCGCUCUUUCUUCAGGCGAGGCGCUCUUUCUUCAGGUGAGGCGGGGACACGGGGCUCCGACUUUUCAUAUCAAGCUAACUCUUGGAACUGCUCUUUAUCCUUAUAGGGUGCUCCCAGAAACAUCAUGUGUAUUUGGUGUUGCACCAUGCUCUUCUUUUCCUUUGUUAUGAGGUGAGUUUCGCAAGUAUAAUGUAAUUUGCUAAUGCAGUUUAAUUGUAAGAGGUUGAAAUUAUUAACAUUUACAUGAGAUGAGAAAUGAUUUAAUCUUGGUAAAAGUUGAGCUUCAGCACUGAUCCGCAUGUAGUAUCUUGUCACUUAUAAAUAAUUUGCUAGUGAGUACUCGAAAA